UAUUGUGAUUUGUGAUAUUACUAUCAGACACCGGUGGCGGUAAAUAUAAAAGAUUAAAGAUUAAAGAAUAAAGAUUUGACUGUCUAUUUGAGAAAACGCCGCAAAAAAAAAAAAAUUACAAUUACUUUAAUUUUAUAAUUUUAUUGUUAUUAAAUAAUUUUAAUUUGUAAAUGUGGGCUUGACUUAUCUUAAGAGUAUUUAAUACUUUUUAAUUAUUAUAAUCUCCAACUGUUAUAGUGCCAAAGUGUUGUGUCAAAAAUUGUGGAUAUCGCAAUGUAUCCUUAUUUAGCGUACCUAAAAAUUUAAAAAAUAAAUAGAAAAUAACUUUAAAUAUGAAUUUAAACCACAAUUCAAGCAUAUGUGCUACUCACUUUAAUCCAGACRAUAUGUUCUGAUUGUGUCAAAACACAAGUCCAAACGUUUUUUGUAUUUUUUUGUUAUCUGCUGUUAUUUGUUUUGGUAUUGUAUACAUUAUUUACCAAUAAUGUCUUUACUUGUUAAAAAUGCCGCUGGUAGUAGAUGCUCGUUGGCGUAUUGUACCAGCCUUUGGUCAAACAACAAUGAUGAAAUAAAAAUAUCAUUUUUUAAAUUUCCAAAAGACCAUUCAAGGUGUGCUUCUUGGGUUGAAAAAUGCGAAGCUCAAUACUUACCGACUGCAGAUCUUGAUGUUCUUAACAAAACGUACAAGUGGUGCUCCUUGCAUUUUGAAACAAACAUGUUUCAAAAUACUUUAAAAAAUAGACUCACUAAGACUGAUAUCCCGACAUUAUUUGCCAAAAAACCAGCAGAAUAUCAAGAUAAUUCUUUUGUCGGCUGCAAAAAUUUUGAAAUUUCAAAUCUGUCGAGCGAGGGUAGUUUAAUGGCUGAUAACAUUUUCUCAGUUGAUGACCACCCAUCAUGUUCAACACUUGUCUCGUCUUCUUCACGGUCUAUUAUUGGUGGAGGUGUAUCUGUGUCCACUUCUACAGAGAUAUGUGAAGCAACAACAGGUUUGCAAACUCCCAAACACUUGUCAUUGAAAACCCCAAGAAAAGAGGCUCUAAGAAAAAAACUUGCCAAAGCUCAUACCAAUAUCAAGAAAUUGGAAUAUGAUGUUAUUUGUCUUUCAGUAUGUUUGGAGCAGUCAGACACCAUUGAAAAUGUACUCCAAUUAGUUGAAAAGUAUAUUUCACCUUCAUUAUUUAUUGUGGUAAAAAAUAAUGUCCUUAAUAAAGACAAAAACCCAAAGGGGAGGUGUUUUUCAAAUGAAAUUAAACAAUUUGCACUUAUAAUCUAUUUUCUGGGUCCUAGUGUCUUUCAUUUGCUUCAAAGAAAUUUUUGUCUUCCUACUAUUAGAACUCUCAGAAAAAUUACUUCUAAAUAUGAAUUUCAAUCUGGCCUUAAUGAUUUUAUGUUUAAUUUUCUAUCUUUCAAAACUAAAACUUUUUCUUCUGAUGCGUUAAACUGCAUUCUCUGCGCRGACGAAAUGUCACUUAAAACAAACUUAUUUUAUAACUUAUCUAAAGAUCAAAUAAUUGGUUUUAAUCAUUCAAAGUCAAGUAAAACAUAUGAUCCUGCCAAACAUGUCCUUGUUCUUAUGAUUAGAGGUAUUAAUCAUAAUUGGAAACAGCCACUUGCAUAUUAUUUAAUUUCUAAUAGUUGUACAGGUAGUGAUUUAAAUAAUAUAAUUGUUUCUACUAUUCGAAAACUUAAGAAUAUUAAUAUUAAUGUUAAAGCUUUUGUUACCGACCAAGGUUCUAACUUCGUAAAUUUUUCCAAAAUCAAUGGUGUUACUCCUGAAGAGCCAUAUUUUGAAAUUGACAAUGACAAAAUCAUAUAUAUCUUUGACCCACCUCAUUUGUUGAAAUCGACUCGAAAUAUGUUUUUCAAACACAAUUUGAUUGUUAAUAAUGAUGUAAUAGAAAAAAAACAUGUUGAUACUUUUUAUAAUAAUGUGCGAAUGGCUCCUAAAUUAACUUAUUCACAUAUUCAUCCAAGUCCUUUUGAAAGAAUGAAGGUUAGAUUAGCGGCUYAUGUAUUUAGUCAUAGUGUAKCCRCAGGAAUGUCUGCAGCAUUGAAUCAGGGUAUUCUACCAAAAACCUCUAAAUAUACAAUCAAUUUUAUUAAUUUUAUGGAUAGAUUAUUUGAUAUUUUUAAUUCAUCUGAUACACCAAAUAGCAAAAUAUAUAAUACUCCUUUCACAAAUGAUAGACAUCAGUUAGAUCAUUUAAAUAAAAUGGUUGAAAUGUUUAAAACAUGAAAGUAAUUAAUAAGUAUGAUGG